ACUGUUUUAUCAAAUAGCAGAAGAAAGAAAAAAGAUGCAUCACAAAAAUAGGUUAAAUUCAUUUUGGACUACAAUUUUCCAAGAUUACAUUAUUGAUAAUGGAAAAUUGAGUGAUGAUUUGAUAUUUUAUGUGGAAAAGCAAUAUGAUGUUAAAAUUAAUGUUUUAAGAAGAGGUUGUAAAAUGAAUCACAAUUUGUAUAAUGAUCCAUACAUAGACUGGGAAGAAACGGUGUACCUUAAUUUAAUAUUGCAACAGUUUGAAUAUACUAUCACUUGCUCAGUCUGUAUUAGAACAGGACCAAAAGAUCUCCAAAUAUUAAAAAGACAUUCACAUUCCGUUUUUGCCUCACCUUCAAAACGUAGGAUGGAUAUCAAAGGGGAGAAGGAAUUAAUUACAUACCCAAACAUUUUCUUCACUGUUGAUAAUUAUGAAGAAAUAUUCAAGGAUAUCAAAUUAAAAGAAGGCGAAAUCGUGUGCGUCGAGUUGGUUGGGCGGGACAAGGAAGAAAAUUUGGAAAGCGUACUAUUUUUGGGUGCCGUUAAGUACGAAAUUUUGAAGUACUCUCACCAAAAAAAGGCAUGCACGAAGAGCAAAUUUAGUAAGAGGUUCUCAUUGUCCACCAAUAUUUCGGCGAAUAACUGUUUAUUGAACGACAUGCAAUCCACAGCUGGGGAUUCCGAUAAAGCUAAGCCUUCCGUGAACGACAUGUUGGUCAAUUUCAAUAAAGUACAGUUCAUAAAAAUGAAGGGGCCAGAUGGUCUAGGACAAGCGGAAAUGGCUAUAUCUUUCGCCGCCAACGACUCUGACACAAUUUGUGGCCCACCUUCUCAACAAACGAGUAGUAGAUACUAUUCCAAACAUAAAAAACGCCAAUCAUCUUUAUUUAACAGUGCUCCCGUGACGCCCCGUGGGCGAUCGCCCGAAAAUAUUCGCGUCGUUUCUAUCAUCAAACAACCUGCUGAUACGGAUAUCAAGGAUCCUAUCGAAAGCGGCGAAUCGAGUAGCGUGAGAAAAAGAUUGAGCGGUUCUCUCCUAAAUUUGGGCAAGAUAUUGAUGGGCCGAAAUAACGAUCUUCGAGAAUGCGCUAGUAAAAAAAAUGAAAUUGACGAUGAUUCGAAUUUAGCGUGUAGCGACGGUGCUAAAGACUCGACGAAAAAUUGGGAGCCAUCUUUGAAGAACGAUGAAAAAAAUAUGGCUAAACAUCCCCGCAGACGAUUUUAUUCGCAAUCAUCGGAUCACGUGGGCGAAUGUGUCGCAGACGAUUCGAAAGAUUAUCUGGAUCGAAUAAAGGGUAUUUGGAAUGUACUUAAAUUGCGUGAUUUGACUCAAAGCACUAUCGAUGUUGGUGAUGACAACGGUAAUAAUGAUAACCCUCCUGCCAACGGUAACGAACCUGACAGAAUUAAUGACGGACACGCGAAUCGAGAUGUCCUGAACUUGGAAGGCGAGAAUAUUGUCAGCGAUAUGAACGAGAGCUACACGUGCAUGUUAUCGAGCGACACCGAUUAUUAUUCGCCUUUAGGUAAUUUCCGGUGCGGGAAUACGCAGGAAACUGGGAAUAAUGAUUCAAAUCUCGAUCGUAAGAUCAUUUAUUACGAAUCGAGCGAUGAGGAAGAAAAAAAUGCGGGCAGCGAUUAUAUAAAUAAUGACCAUCAAAAAGGGGUAAAUUCCAACCCCGGUGCUAGCAACCAUUUAUUCAAUAUUUUUAUCGCAGCUCAAGUAACAUACGUGGCCGUACCAUUGCAUUCUAUUAUCGAAAAUCUAUUCGGAAACAGACAAAAGCCUAUUCUAACAUUUUGAAAAAAUCGCAAAAUUUUGGGAUAUUUACUACAAGGUAUACACGUAAUUGAUACCCACUCGCUCUUAUUCUUUCAUAUAUAUAUACUUAAAUCAAUAAAAGUAUUAUAUUUACAAAAUUAUUGAAUCGAUUAUCCAGUACUUAAAAGAAAAUGGCGGAAAAAAAUGAUUGAAUUGAUCGAUACUGAAACUUUCGCUAACGAGAUGUAAUAUCGUGGAUUAGUUAGAAAAAAAAUAAUAUUAAUUGUAUAAAUUUAGUUUUAUAUAUAUGUUGACGAUUAACACUUUAUACAUUCUAAUUUUCUAAAUUUUAUAACCCCUAUAGAUGUAAAUAAAUAAUCUAAACUUAAUUAAAUUAAACCAAUUUUUUUCACUUAUUUAUUAUUAUUAUCCGUGUUAAAAAAUUACGAAUAUAACUUCAUUUUGUUGUAAAAAAAUUAAUUUUUCAUAUUUUUAUUAAUAACUAUACUAGUAUCAAAGUGCGCCGAUAUUUAUUUUCUUUCUUUUAAAAAAUAGGAGAGGAACCGAUGUUUUUAAAAAAAACCGGUCCGGUCCUAUAUUUUCGAUAUCGAUCAUCGAUUAAUUUUGUACGAAUAUCGGAUCGGAUUGUUGAAAAGUUUGCGGGUCGGUAUACAGUCCUACUAAUGACAACAUUCUUCUAAUCAUUCGAUACCUACUUCCAAUUUCAAAUUUCUCUAUAAUAAUAAUAAUUGCAUUUGCCAAACCAACAUUCUCUUAAAUAUUAAUUAAAUAAAUAGUGCAAUAAAUAAAUAGGGUGUUUAAUAUUGUGAUACA